AUGGAGUAUUUCAUGGUACCAGCCCAGAAGGUGCCUUCUUUGCAACAUUUUAGGAAAACGGAGAAAGAAGUGAUUGGAGGUCUCUGCAGUUUGGCCAAUCUUCCUCUAACACCUGAAACAGCCCGGGACCAGGAAAGGCGAAUACGCAGAGAGAUCGCCAACAGCAACGAGCGUCGGCGUAUGCAAAGCAUCAAUGCUGGUUUCCAAUCACUGAAAACCCUUAUUCCGCACAGUGAUGGAGAGAAGCUCAGCAAGGCUGCUAUUCUGCAACAAACCUCGGACUAUAUUUUUACCUUAGAGCAGGAGAAGACACGGCUUUUGCAACAAAACAGUCAGCUCAAACAAAUCAUACAAGUAAAUGACCACGAAUUAAGUGGUUCAUCGCCUAAAAGGAGGCGCGCUGAAGAGAAGGAUGAGGGGAUUGGUUCUCCUGACAUUCUGGAGGAGGAGAAGACUGAAGAUCUCAAACGUGAGAUGAUUGAGCUGAGGCAGCAGCUGGAGAGAGAGCGAUCGAUUCGGAUGCUCCUGGAAGAACAAGUGUGUUCUCUGGAUGCCCAGUUAUAUCCUGAUCAUCAAACACAAAGUCUAGUUCAUCUGCAGCUGGAGCGGCGCCCCACUGGAGCACACAGCCCACAGGUGCAUCCACCAACCACCCCUCCUGCUCCCACUCACCAUGCUACAGUUAUUGUCCCUGCUCCGGUCCAACCUCCACAGCCUCAUCACGUCACCGUGGUAACCAUGUGCCCUGCCUCUGUUAUCAACACAGCAUCCACAUCGAGACAGAAUCUUGACACCAUUGUUCAAGCAAUCCAGCAUAUUGAAGGCACCCAGGGUAAAACUAGUGUGGGUGAAGAGGAGCAGAGGAGAGCUGUUAUUGUGACUUCAGGACGUCGUCUUUCAGAAGCUGCUGGCUCAGACUCAGCUUCCAGCAUUGACGGGCCAGAUGACUGCUCACUGCCCUGA